UUUUGGCGAUUGUGUGAGAUCUGUGGUUUGAGAUCUGUUGAUGUUUUAAUCUUUUUGUUGAUUUGAUGUUUGAUGCGUUUUGUAUCGUAUAAAUUAGCUGAAUUAUAGAUGAAUUUUGUGAAUUAAUGCUGUUGCUUGAUGAAAUUGACGAUCUUUUAGGGAGGAAUUAAAGUUGAAUUGUGAUCGAUUUGCUAAUUAUUUUUGUUGAUUGAUUUUUCUGAUAUCUAUUGAAUGUCGGAAUUGUUGGUAAUUGUAUUCAUUUUGUGCUGAUAACAUGGAAUUUUGUUGAUUGCUGUGUUGUGGAGUUCAAAUUUUCUUACCUGCACAGCUUAGCUUAGCUUGAUUAUGCAUCGAUUUAUAUCUCCUGUUCUGCAUCGUUGCGUAGUGAUACGGAAUUAGUAUUGAUGAUGAUGCGUCGCUGUGUAGUGAAUCAGACUUAGGGCCGAGGCGUUUUUUGGUCUAAAGUAUGAUUCUUUCUUUAAUCUAUUCUGUAUUGGACAGUCUGACAGGAUGAUAUCUUAGAUCUUUGGAAAUAAAUGUUAAUGGUUGUGUCAAGCCUUAUGAUAAUUUUCGAGUGAUUUCAUUGAGAAACCCUCUGUAAUAAUCCCUUUUAAGUUGAACAUCCUGAGAAAUCCAAUCAUAAUUAAUUUUUAUUUUAAAGAUGAUAACUUAUUCGAGACAUCUCAAAUUAGUACGUUCUUUUUUGUAUGAUAUUUAUUUUUGAAAGGGAGGCUACAUUUAUUCUUUAAUGAAUCAAGAAUAAAGCACAUGGCUUUGAUAUUAAUAUCAAGAGGCUAGUAUUUUGUAUCUAUCCCAGGCUCCCAGCUACUUAAACGUCAUGGCUGGAGCUGCUCCUGAAGGUUCUCAGUUUGAUCCUCGCCAGUAUGACACCAAAAUGACUGAAAUGCUUUCUGAGGAAGGAAACGAUUUCUUCACUUCAUAUGACGAGGUUCAUGAUAGCUUUGAUAAGAUGGGUUUGAAAGAGAACCUUCUCAGAGGAAUCUAUGCUUAUGGUUUUGAGAAACCUUCAGCAAUUCAACAAAGGGGAAUUGUCCCCUUCUGUAAGGGUCUUGAUGUGAUUCAGCAAGCCCAAUCUGGUACUGGAAAGACUGCCACUUUCUGCUCUGGGAUCUUGGAGCAACUGGAUUAUGAAUUACUGGAAUGUCAAGCUCUUGUUCUUGCUCCUACUAGGGAGCUUGCUCAGCAAAUUGAGAAGGUUAUGAGGGCUCUUGGUGACUAUUUGGGUGUUAAGGUACAUGCUUGUGUUGGUGGAACAAGUGUUCGUGAGGAUCAAAGAAUCCUUAAUGAUGGAGUACAUGUGGUUGUUGGUACCCCUGGUCGUGUCUUUGACAUGUUGCGUAGACAGUCCCUUCGUGCAAAUAGCAUCAAGAUGUUUGUUCUUGAUGAGGCUGAUGAAAUGCUUUCUCGAGGUUUCAAAGACCAGAUCUAUGACAUUUUCCAGCAAUUACCCCCUAAGAUCCAGGUGGGAGUUUUCUCUGCUACUAUGCCUCCUGAGGCCCUUGAGAUCACCAGAAAGUUCAUGAACAAGCCUGUGAGGAUUCUUGUGAAACGAGAUGAGCUCACCCUUGAGGGUAUCAAGCAGUUUUAUGUGAAUGUUGACAAAGAAGAAUGGAAACUUGACACUCUUUGUGAUUUGUAUGAAACCUUGGCAAUCACCCAAAGUGUCAUAUUUGUGAACACCAGGAGGAAGGUUGACUGGUUGACCGACCAAAUGAGAGCUCGUGAUCACACCGUGUCUGCCACACACGGAGACAUGGACCAGAAUACUAGGGAUAUCAUUAUGCGUGAAUUUCGCUCUGGGUCAUCCCGUGUCCUCAUUACCACUGAUCUUCUUGCUCGUGGUAUUGAUGUGCAGCAAGUCUCUUUGGUGAUCAAUUAUGAUUUGCCGACUCAACCAGAGAACUAUCUUCACAGGAUUGGACGAAGUGGACGUUUUGGAAGAAAGGGUGUUGCCAUCAAUUUUGUGACCAGUGCUGAUGAUAGAAUGCUCUUUGAUAUCCAGAAAUUCUACAGUGUGGUGAUUGAGGAGCUCCCUGCCAAUGUUGCGGAUCUUAUAUGAUAAGUACAAGUUGUCACUUUGUUUGUGUUUUGAGGUAAGAUGUUUUGUCUGUCCAGCUUACUAAAGAUUUGGGCAAAUUACUGCGUGUUGUCUUUUCCUUUUUUUCUCUAUUAUGGGAACAUCACUAAAUUGUGUUGUGGAUGCCCCGGGUUAAAAUUUUGUAGGAGCUUAGAGACAAGUUUAAAUUAUACUCUUUAUCCUAUUUGGCUCAAGGAUCGUGUCCUCUGUUGCCCUGUUGGCAUAUAUGCUGUUCGUUUUGGCAUGAUUUUGGUUUUGCUUGUAA